AUGUCAAGCACCAUAACCAUGACCAAAAUGAAGCUUAAACUGGUGCAGAAAGAGCCAAAGCGCGUGACUUGGACAAAGGACACUGUUGAUAAUGAAGGGAUGGGAAAGAAAAAGAGCAAAAUAUGCUGCAUAUACUGCUCAAAGGGAAAAGACAAGGAUAAAAACAAGUAUGAAAGACCCUGA